AUGAAGAUCUCCGCUACUGCCUGGGCCGCCGUCAUCGUGAGCCCCGGGAAUAUUCUAACCACCAUCCCAGGUGGAGGCCCCCGCCCGGCCGCGACGUCGACAGUCACCAAGACAUACACCACGACUUGCACUAGUACUGUCACCCAACAAGCCCCUGCUAAGACUGUCUAUAUCCGCGUCCCAGAGAAGGGCGGUAAGUCCGGGAACGAUGGUGGAUACCGUAGACGGCGUCGUGCCGUCUGA